AUGAUGAGGAGAGCUGAUCCUGUAAAAGCAUCAAAGCAGCUUCCCUUUGAUAUUAUCACAGAGAUUUUGAGCUGGCUGCCUAUAGAUUCUCUAGUAAGAUUCAAGCUUGUCUGCAAAAACUGGUACUUUUUUAUUGUUCAUGACCGCAAGUUCAUAGCCAAACAUAAGGAGCGGACCUGUCUUCUGCGACUCAGAUAUGUAUACAAACAUGAAGCCAACAAGUUAACCGUUAUUUUAGACAAAAGCUUCGGAAUGGAAGCGUUUUGUGCUGGCUUGGUUCUAGAGAAGAGUCUUACUAAUUCUCAAGUUUUCCGAAUUAGAAAUCCCGCAACCCAUCAGGUACUUUACUUGCCUAAUGCACAUGAGGGUACCAGGAAUGUGGACUUUGCUUUGAACCCAUCCACUCAUGAGUGUAAAGUGGUAUGUUUUUAUGGCAAAGACAGUGAAGUUGGUUUUGAGGUGUUGACUAUUGGGAAGGAUGAGCAAUGGAGGCCAAUGAAACACCCAAACACAGAUUUGCUGAAACAUCGUGGCAAACCAGCGCUACAAUUUAUAGAGGAUCAUCUUUUAAGUGUGAGGGGCUUGGUCACUUUCUCCAGUUUGGUUUUCCAUUGGAAUGACUGUGUAGCUGUUGCUGAUAUAGCAGAGGAAAAACUUACCAUGCUGGUGUUGGAGGACUACAAGCAGCACAAAUGGAGUAAAAAGACCGUCCGGGUUACAUUUUUAGAGGAUCACAUGACACUGCUGAAGGAUCCAUUUUUUGUUAUCAAUGCUGAUUCUGAUGGCCUUAAUUUUCGUUUUAAGGACAGAUUUAUUCGCUAUGAUCUGAAGAGGGAGAUAAUUGAGAAGGUAAAUAUACGCCAGGGGAGCAACUUCUGGUUCGUUAAGCCAAGCCUGAUAGCUCUUAAGGGAAUGAAAACAGGAAAGGUUGCCUGCUGCAUUUGA